UGGAAACGGCAAUGAGGGGGAUUUGCAACUAGGGCACGAAUUUUGUGGCCUUCUGGUUGCAAACCAUCUUGGGCACGGGGGCUCCCAACUCAUGUGGGUUGCCCCCGCCAUUAAUGCUCCCAUUAAUGCUUCUAUCUGUGGUUAGAUGGAUAUUGAUGGUGUUGAUUUUAACAACCCCACUCCUCCUUCGGCUGCCCUUGACUCUUCACAUGCUUCGUCUAGUGUGAGUAAAUCCUUCAAGGCGGCACUCGAAGGGCCGAGAUUGGAGACUCCGACAAACGCUCAUUUCAAUGCCAUCUCUUCUCGAGAUGCUGAGACCAAUUCCAGCGGAGAAGACGUUUGUGGGUAUGGGAUUUUCUCUCGGCCUUCCUCGAAAUUUCGUUGUAAGUCCAGUUCGAUCCAUUUCAACUUGCAUUUGGUUGUUUCGUGGAAUCCAUGUCAGUGCAAAAAGCUAUUAAAACAUCGCUCUCCAUUGAUCAGUCCCUGGGCUGGUACAAGGAAGCGGAAAAUAAAAAAACUAACGAAUGAAAAAUCUGGAAAAUUCAAUGGUGGGAUGAUUCCCAUCGUCUUGCAUCCUCUCUAAAAGAGUUUGAGCCCUUGAUCUUUAUAGUUAAUCAAUUUGUUCAUAUAAGGUACGUCUUCCGCGUAAAAAUGAUAAUAAGUGUUAUGAAUGUAAAUAUUAUUUCACUGAAUUUCGUAAUGUAUGUAAUUUCAAAUAAAAUAUUAUAAAAAUUAGUAUAUUAUAGUGAUUAGUAUCAAUUUGAUAUCAACAACUCUC